UCUUUCUGUCCUGAGAAACCUCUGUUUCUUUUCAGAAGAUUGUGUUAUUGUUUGUUUUAGGAGUCUGUUCUUGGGUUUCGUGGUGCUUUGUGUGUGAUAUUGAAUCUUGUGAAGAAGGAUACAGUCUUUAUUCCUUGGAUGUUGGAGAAUUGAUGAGACUCUCUCUUUCUCAAGAAGCCUUUGCUAUGACAAGAUAUUGAUUCCUUAUUUAGUUGGCACUGAUGCUCCUUUGGUUUCAAUGGUCAAAGUGCAGAAGGAGAUUAAAUGUGAUAUGGGUAUGGAGUGGAGUCAAGCUCAGGACAUCAAGAUUCGAUCUUUAUUUGUUUCUAUCAGGAGAUUGAUAUAAGAAAUUUGUGCUUUAUUUCUUUUAUGUCAUGGUUUUCUUUCGUGUAGAAAUCAAUGUAUUAAAUUUAUAUCUUUGAUUUUAAAAUUUAGGUUUUCUCUGCAAAUAUCUCCUGAUUUGGUGAUAGAAGGAAUCGGAUGUGACCUGGCUUGUUGAGUGGGUUCAACCCUUCACAUAUGAUUAUGCAUAAUGUUGUUAGGAAAAUAUAUUAUUACUAUCUUUUGGCAGCGUUGUCCAUUAUUUUUCUUAACUUACUUUACGCAAUGGGGCCCUUUCCAGCUGAUCUCUUAUUUAAUUGGAGUGGUUGAAGGAGAUCAAUCAUGAGUUACCAGACUGAAACCAGUGAAGUCAUUAGAAAUAAGGGGAAGUACUUUGCAAUUUUCAUCUGCUGGCUUCUAGGAAAUGGAUGCCUUUUCUCAUGGAAUAGCAUGCUAACAAUUGAAGAUUACUAUGUUUACGUUUUUCCAAGGUACCACCCCACAAGAGUUCUUACACUUGUUUAUCAACCUUUUGCUCUUGGAACGCUUGCAAUACUGGCAUACAAUGAGUCAAAGAUCAACACCAGAAGCCGCAACCUAACUGGAUAUACUCUGUUCUUCUUAAGUUCUCUGCUACUAAUUGUGUUGGAUGUGGCAACAUCUGGAAGAGGCGGGAUCGGAGUCUUUAUCGGUAUAUGUGCCAUCAGUGGAGCAUUUGGAGUUGCCGAUGCUCAUGCUCAGGGAGGGAUGGUUGGUGAUCUGUUCUUGAUGCGCCCAGAAUUCAUGCAGUCCUUCUUGGCUGGCUUGGCUGCAUCUGGGGCUUUAACCUCUGCUUUGAGAUUAAUAACAAAGGCAGCUUUCGAGAAUACCCAAGAUGGUCUUCGCAAGGGAGCUAUGAUGUUCUUCGCGAUCUCAGCAUUUUUCGAGCUACUCUGUGUGCUUUUGUAUGCAUUCAUCUUUCCCGAACUGCCGAUUGUGAAGUACUACCGUUCAAAAGCAGCUUCAGAAGGAUCGAUGACAGUUGCUGCAGACCUUGCUGCUGCUGGCAUCCAAAAGCAACGUGAUCAAGGGGCUGAAGAGGACCCAAAUCUUCUAGAGCGUUUGACGAACAAACAGUUGUUACUGCAAAAUUCAGAUUAUGCAAUUGACAUAUAUCUGAUAUAUGUUUUGACAUUGUCAAUUUUCCCUGGAUUCUUGUCUGAGGAUACUGGGUCCCACAGCUUGGGUUCAUGGUAUGCACUUGUCUUGAUUGCGAUGUAUAAUGUGUGGGACCUCAUAGGGAGAUAUGUACCUCUUGUGAAUUGGCUCAAGUUGACAUCACGGAAGGGCCUCAUGGUUGCAAUUCUUUCUCGUUUCUUGCUGAUUCCAGCAUUCUACUUCACAGCAAAGUAUGGAGAUCAAGGAUGGAUGAUUAUGUUGACAUCAUUUUUAGGACUCACCAAUGGUUACCUUACUGUGUGUGUGCUUACUGCAGCACCAAAAGGAUACAAGGGACCCGAGCAAAAUGCACUGGGGAACUUGCUUGUCCUAUUUCUUCUAGCAGGUAUAUUCUCAGGGGUGACACUUGAUUGGUUGUGGCUCAUAGGCAAACGCUGGUGAUGUUGCAGAACUAGGGGCACAUGAAGUCUACCAAGAGUAGCUUAUUUAUUUGUAUAGAUAAAAAAAUUGUCCCACGGUUUCUUUCUUCUUUUUUUUUCUUUUAUUUGCUAGUGACAAGAGCAUGAUUUUUAUUUCUGCCUCAAAACAUGGGACGAAUUGAAAGUUUUCUGAGCUUCAUUGAGUUCAGCAGAAAUUUAUAUGGAACAAAAUUGUUUCAUCAAAUAAAAGAUCGAUACAAAUGUCUUGCAUGUAGUUUUA